GUGCGAGUCUUCUCCCCGGGAAAGUUGCUUCCUUAACGGCCAACGUGGGCAUCAUCAUCUGCAUCUCGGGCAGCGAGCUAACGUUUAAGUCGGGAAACUUAAACCACGUAGUUCUUGGCCUUACUGUGAGCUACAGUUGUAACGGCACUUUGUUCCUAUAAAGGACAACGUACUAACAAAUCUCGAAAAAAGCAUUUUUCCGUUUAUGAAGUAAUGAAACAAGUGCGUUGCUAAUGCUAAGUGCUAACGGUUUCUCCCACAUGUCUGCAAGUAAACGUUUUAAAACUUUAAACUCUUACACAUUAGUGUAACGGUGUUGUUUGUAUACAAGCAAAUAUGCUUACAAUAAAAACCCGAUAGAGAUUUUAUUUAAUUUAAUUAAUACAUUAUAACUACGUAGCAUCCCCAUCAUUGAAUGAAAUUGCAACGUGUAGCUAAUUGAGUUGCCACAGCGGACAAGGAGCGUCUCAACGUGGCAGCUGCGUCCACGAAACACGUUUGUUAUUUCAGUAUCACUGUGAUGAUAACACACACAGAGGAAGAAGAGGAAACAUGCGUCCGCCGUUGUUGUUAUGUGUCAGCCAUGUUGCCAACUGAAGGGAAAUAUCACCGUUUCUAAAAUCUCAGCAUGGCAGAUUACCUAAUCAGCGGCGGGACAGGCUACGUACCCGAUGACGGACUCUCAGCCCAGCAGCUCUUCUCCAUCGGCGACGGCCUCACCUACAAAUCUGACCAACAGUGCGUUGUCUCCGACGGUCAGACGGCUGAAGAGCUUUGCUCUAAAGGAGAUGGGUUGACUUACAAUGACUUCCUGAUUUUGCCGGGUUUCAUUGACUUUACGUCAGAUGAAGUGGACUUGACGUCUGCUCUAACCAGGAAGAUCACGCUGAAGACUCCCCUCAUCUCCUCCCCCAUGGACACAGUCACAGAGUCGGCCAUGGCCAUCGCUAUGGCUCUAAUGGGAGGCAUCGGCAUCAUCCACCACAACUGCACACCGGAGUUUCAGGCCAACGAGGCCCGGAAGGUCAAGGACAUGAGGUUUGAGCAGGGUUUUAUCACAGACCCAGUGGUGAUGAGUCCGCACCACACGGUCGGGGAUGUGUUUGAAGCCAAAGUAAGACACGGCUUCUCUGGUAUCCCUGUCACAGAGACAGGAAAAAUGGGCAGCAAGCUGGUGGGAAUCGUCACCUCCAGAGACAUCGAUUUCCUGUCUGAGAAAGACCACAGUAAACCGCUGGAAGAAGCUAUGACCAAGAGGGAGGACCUGGUGGUGGCUCCAGCUGGGGUUACGUUAAAAGAAGCAAACGAUAUUCUACAGCGCAGUAAAAAAGGCAAACUCCCCAUAGUGAAUGAUAAUGACGAGCUGGUGGCCAUCAUCGCCAGGACAGAUCUGAAGAAGAACAGAGAUUACCCGCUGGCCUCCAAAGACUCGCGCAAACAGCUGCUGUGCGGUGCCGCCAUCGGCACCAGGGAGGACGACAAGUACAGACUGGAUCUGUUGGUGCAGGCCGGGGUGGACGUCGUCGUACUGGACUCCUCACAAGGAAACUCUGUUUAUCAGAUCAACAUGAUCAACUACAUAAAACAGAAGUAUCCAGAAUUACAAGUUGUUGGAGGAAAUGUGGUGACAGCAGCUCAGGCCAAGAAUCUCAUCGACGCUGGUGUGGACGCUCUCAGAGUUGGCAUGGGCUGUGGCUCCAUCUGCAUCACACAGGAAGUCAUGGCCUGUGGUCGACCUCAGGGGACCUCGGUGUACAAGGUUGCAGAGUACGCCAGACGAUUCGGCGUCCCCGUCAUCGCCGACGGUGGCAUUCAGACAGUGGGUCACGUGGUGAAGGCUCUGUCCCUCGGAGCGUCCACUGUUAUGAUGGGCUCGUUGUUAGCAGCAACCACUGAGGCACCAGGAGAAUAUUUCUUCUCAGACGGCGUGCGGCUGAAAAAGUACCGGGGCAUGGGCUCCUUGGAUGCUAUGGAGAAGAGCACCAGCAGCCAGAAACGAUAUUUUAGUGAAGGCGACAGAGUGAAGGUGGCUCAGGGCGUCUCGGGCUCAGUCCAGGACAAAGGCUCCAUCCAUAAGUUCGUUCCUUACCUGAUAGCUGGGAUUCAACAUGGCUGCCAAGACAUCGGAGCAAAAAGUCUGUCCGUCCUGCGAUCCAUGAUGUACUCUGGAGAGUUGAAGUUUGAGAAGCGAACCAUGUCUGCACAGGUGGAGGGAGGCGUUCAUGGACUGCACUCUUACGAGAAGCGUCUGUACUGAUGUUGCCAACGUCCGGAGAACACGUCAAUCAGUAACGGUGCCCAAAUGUCAAAACUGCCACUAGUGCUACAAAGAAACCUUGUUUGCCCUCUAUGACCUCUCUUUGCCCCCUCCCCCCACCCCUUCCCCACCCUCCAGCCACACACCAUCACAGCUGUUCAGUUCCCACUGCGUUUUUGCUGCUGUGGUACAGAACAGAGGGAACCGUCUGUAGAAUCUUCAAAACUGACACUAACUCUGGAGGGGAAAAACGUUCCAGUGGAGAAGUGGAACAUCAGGGUUUUUCAGAAUGACACACAGUUUGUUGACACUGCAGUGUGAUCCCAACCGUUGUGUGUGUGUGUGUGUGUUUAUAGAUGGGAGCAUGAAUGAAGGUGGACAGUUAGGUGUGUGUGUGUGUGUGUGUGUGUGUAUAACCUUGGUAUAAUUACUUGUGUGGACACUUUUAUAAAAAGUGCUCCAGGGAAUGACAGGCCCCAACAGAAUGACAGUGUAUUUACAGUUACAAAAUUAACUUUGGGAUUAUAAAUAAGAUUAUGGUCAGAUUAUAGAUUGGUAUUUAUGGGAUUAGAUUUCUAGUCCUGUUAGUUAUGGUUGGGGUAAGGUGCUAAGAAAUACAUUGAAAGAAAUGUGAAGAUCUCACCAACACUAGUGUGUGUGUGUGUGUGUUGAGAGACUGAAUGGGGACUAGAAAAAGUAGGUGUGUGUGUAAUAUGUCGGUAUAGCUAUACUUGCGGGGACACCUUUCUAAAAAGAAAAAUGCGGGGACAUUUUCAGGGUCCCCACUGAGUAAGUGUACUUUCAGGUACAACAUUUGAUUUGGCCUUUGAAAUAAAACUGGGGUUAGAUCAGUGAUAGGAAAAGGAUUGAGAUUUGGUAUACAUUUAAAAUAUUGGUAUGGUUAGAGAAAGGGACUAGAAAAAGAAUUAUGUGUUCCCAAAACAGUAGGUCUGGGUCUGUGUGUGUGUGUGUGUGUGCGCUUGUGCUUGUGUUUAGUUUCAGUGUCUCUCCAUCCAUGUACAAGGACAAUUGUCUCCAUAGCAGCACAUGGCCCAUCAGCAUCUUCUUCUUCCGUUUCCUUUCAAACCAGCACUUGUUCAACAGCCGGAAUUAAAAAAACAAAACAAAAAAAAAACACCAACUCAGUUAUUUAAAGAUGCAAGAAAAGAUUGAAACACUUGUUCUUUGCGCGUCACGUCGGAGUGCUUUGUCAGUGUCCAACAAACGUCUUUCCUUUUUUACCUUUUGCUUUUGGUUAAAGCUGUCAUACAGCAGACAUGAGCUACUUGACAAUAAAAGGUAUCCGCUCGGCUUUUGCUUAUCAUUUGUCA